GUUAAUGUAGUAUAUAAUCGGAAAUCUUCGAGCGCGUGUCACCAAAUUACACUCAUUGAGCUAAAUCUGUGGUUAGUUUGUGGGUCGCAAUUUUUCUACCGAAGACACAAUGGCGGGACUGUUGGAAGAAUACUUUCCCACCAUCAUAAUUUCUUUCACUGUUCUGGUGGUCGCCGCGACAGCUUUCGUGAAGUACAACUACGGAUAUUGGAAGAGGAAGGGUGUGCCUUAUUUUGAACCGAAAUUCCCCUUCGGAAACAGCGACACCUUAUUUCCUAAGGGGAUCUCAAUUGGAUUGAUCAGCAAAAAGUUUUACGACCAGUUCAAGAGUACGGGUCAGAAGAUAGGGGGGGUGUUUAUGGGCAUUCAGCCGUACUUAAUCGUGCUGGAUCCAGAAAUCGUAAAAGACGUUCUGAUAAAGGAUUUCCAGUAUUUCACCGAUAGAGGGGUGUACCAUACAGAAAGCGACCCUCUUAGCGUUCACCUUUUUUCUCAAGAAGGUUUAAUUUGGAGAAAUACUAGGGUAAGUCGACCUCGCACCUAUAAUACAGGGUUAACUAUCACUUGGGUGUGUACUAAAGACUACAUAUUCAAAAACUCUGACGUUACGGUAGACAAGGGGACUCCUUUAAUGAUUUCCGUUACUGGGUUACACCACGAUCCCGAAUAUUGGCCUGAUCCGGAUCGAUGGGAUCCGGAUCGGUUCAGUGAAGAGAACAAGCAAAAGAGACAACUGUUGACGUUCCUACCUUUUGGCGACGGCCCUAGGAAUUGCAUAGGAUUGCGUUUCGGACUCCUACAGACGAAAGUCGCCCUGAUAACGACGCUCACAAAGUACAGGGUCACCUUGAGUCCCAAAACCAUCACACCUCUGGGCAGGGACCCAGCAACUUUCGCCCUUAGACCUAAGAAUAAAAUAUAUCUGCGUUUUGAGAAGAUUUAG